CCAGCGAAUAUGCUAUCAUUGCCAAUGCCAACAACUGCUAAGAUUUCGCGAAAGUUGGUUUCUCCUCCUCCAAAGCCAUUCUCAAAUAACAAAAGGUUAACUGAAGAUCAAGGAUAUACACCCCCAACAAGUCCUAGACCAGGCAGUUUAAAAAAGCUUAUACCUAGUGCAAGCUCAGUCAAUUUGCCACCAUUAACCGAUCAUGUUAAAGAAAAAAUUGCAGCCAGUUUAGCAGCAUCUACAGCAGAAGAUGAACCAUAUAGCCCUGGCGGCAGUGACAAUGGUGAGACAGAUUUGCUGGGCACCACAAUUAUUAAGCCAACAUUAGAAGCAGAUCUAUUAUAUAUUCCUUCCGAGGAGCCCUCAGAAAUAGAGAAAAAAAUGGAAGAGUUGAAUAGACGAAUAGAAGAACAGAAAAAGCAAAUUCAAUCAAUGAGCGCUGGAAUCAUUGGAACACAUCAGGAUCAAUUGGAUGAACAUUAUUCACCUUCGAGGCCUGUCACUCCAGAUAAUACUUCAAUACCUGCUCUAGAAAACAUAUCUUUACCUUCCAAUUUACAAGAGAUCUUAGCAAGUAUUCAAAGUAAGACCACUAACCAGCCCUCAUCUACUUCGUCUUACUUGCCUAUGACUCCUGAAGCUGUGGGAAUCGGAAUUGAAGACAAAUAUAGUCCAACUGCACCAAGUUCCUAUCUACGGGAUAAACGGGAAUUCGAUCUUGCAAUAAAUUCACAUCAGGGUUAUAAUUUAGGUAUAAAACAUUUAAAAAAUCAAAUUGUAGGUCAACCAACUAGUGAUGUUUCAUUAUAUACAAAUAAAGAUAACAGUUCAAAUUUAAAAUCAAUUAAUCAAACAGAUGUAUCUUUGAACUUACCACUUAGCGAUAUUGAUGAACGUAAAAGUUCACAAAUAUUUGCUGAUGUUGAUGAUAGAAUUGCAUUUAAACUGCCUUUGAAAGAUGUAGACGAGCGGUUUCCGCCUAAACUUAUAAAUGAUGAUAUGUCACUUAUAAAUACUACCAAUCCUAUAUUAAAUGUUCCACCCUUAGUUCAUAAGUAUCAAAUUCCCCCGCCACCUAUCACUAAGCCAAUGAGUAAAUUGGCUCAGUUAAGUGAGGAAGAGCUCUUGAGUAUGGUGCCAGAUGAUAUAUUAAGUAGUCCUAGUGUAACAUCUGUUGAUAAAAUGUCAACUAGCAAUAAUUGUUCUGACAGUUUAGGAAAAGCUAAAUUAGGUUCUGUUACACAGGCCCCCAUAUUGUAUAACAAACCUCCCCCAGUCAUGUUGAAAGAUAUUUCUUUUUCACAAGUGACUGCAGAGCUACCUAUUAAUACAGGAACUUCAAAAAGAGCUAAAUUAGAACAGCCUCCGCCUCCUGGCAUCGAAUCAUUUUUUGAAGAAGGUGACUUAUAGGUUAAUGUAAAGUUU